AUGGAAUCUGAAUUCCCAUUAGAAUUACAAUCCGAAACCUUCAAGAUUCUAAGUUCCAACGAUGACAAAGCCAUGGAAACUCUCUUCUCUCACCUUUACCCUAACCCUACUCAACACCAAAACCAUGAACAACAACAAAACCGAUCAAAAUCACUCACAUUCCUUCAAUGUUGCAAACACCACCACCCUGAUCUCCUCAUGAUCAAACUCUUUUUCCUUCUAACCUCAUCCCCAGAAAUCCCUACUCGCACAAACGCUGCACGCGCUCUUGUUUUUGUCAAACCCUCUCAUCUUUGGCCUAAACUCCGUCCUCAGGCCCAAGCCCGUCUCCAGGCCCAUUUCCUUAAAUUCAUAACCGAAGAAAAAUCAGUCCACGUUCUUAGACUUGCGUCACUUGUCUUAGCCGAAACCAUUUCAGUUAUUUAUCAAAACCAUCAACACUGGCAAGAAAUUCUCGAAUUUCUCUUCUCCUCGGUUAAUUCAACCGAAGAGAAGCUUCGAGAAUUUUCCUUUUUAGUCUUCGCCUCACUGUCAAAUGACUGUUGUUUAAUCCUCUCCAAAUCUCUACACGACCGUGUUAAAGUACUUCACUCGUCGUUCAUUGGUUCACUUGCUGAUUCACGAAACCCUAACGUUCAAGUUGCAUCAUUUGGUGCAGUGGUGAGCCUGAUUCGUUUGUUUUCAGAUCCAUCACUUUUUCACGAACUACUUCGAGCCAUGAUGGUCGGUGUAUUUUCACUCUUGCAAGGAUAUGAAAGAAGCUACUUCAAAAGCGCUUUUGCAGAGUUGGUUAAGCUUGUGUCUGCUGAACCUCUUCUUGUGAAGCCUUACAUGAGUGAUAUGGUCUUAGAUGCACUUCAGAUCGCGGAGAAUAGCGGUGUUAGCGAUGAAACUCAUCGUUUGGCUUUUGAAUUGGUGCUUGCGAUGACUGAGUUGAAGGAAUGUGAACAGAUGCUGAUGUCUUUGCCUCAUGAGACUUUGGUUAGGUUAUUUAUCAUUCCGAUGAAGUCGUUGGUUUUGUCUGUUAAAGAGGACGGUAAUGGUGCUGGUUUUGGUGAUUGUGGAUCGGAAGAAGAAAAAAGAAAAGGUGUAGAUGGUGAGAAUGAAAAGGUUGAUGAUGUGUAUGAAUUUGGAAUCAAGUGUUUGAAGAAGCUUUGUGUUGCAUUUGGAGGGGACAAAGUUUUGGCUGUUGCUCAUGAACUGUUGACUAAAUAUUACUUGGAUUCAGCUGACUGGAAAAUGCGACAUGCAGGAAUUACAUUGCUCACUGUGAUUUCCAAAGAGUUUUCUGAUGAAAUGGUAUUGAUGGAUAACUUUCUAGGGGAAAUGGUAACCAAAACUUUGAAGUUAUUCCAAGACUCUCAUGUUCAAGUUCGGUUGGCUGCUUUUACUUUGAUGGAGAUGCCUAUAAACUUUGUCCAAGCGGCUCAACUUCUUUAUCAUCAUAGGUUUAUGCAUGCCUUCUCCAUUGCACUUGGCAGUGAUGAGGACAAUAAAGUGAAGCACAUUUUUAAUGUCUUUAAAUUUGAAAAUGGUGUGUUGCUUUUCAAGGAACAAGCUGCCUCAGCAAUGUUGUUCUUUCUAAAGAACACUCUUCCUGAUAGCUUAGCAUUAUACGAGUAUGCGGAUAUUUUAAUGAAGAAAUUGUUAUCAAUGAUUCAGGAUAAAAGAAGUGCUAAGCAAAGAAGGAUUGCUUUGUUAACUUUUAACAUAGUUGUACAACGUUGUAAUCAAGUAGCUCACAAGUAUUUUGCAAUUUAUCUUCCAAACUUAGUGGAAGCAUGCAGUGACAAAGAUUCUGAAAUCAAAGAGGAAGCAGCAAGGGGAAUUCGAAUUUGUGCUGAGUUUGGGACACCAACUUUUAAGCCUUUUAUCAAUAUGAUAUUGUCAGAACUCAAUAUUUUAAUCAAAGAUCCAAACCGAUCAGAGAAUGCAAAAGCAUGUGAUAUUGCAGUUUCUGCUAUAGGAAGAAUUUGUGAAUUCCAUCGCGAUUGCAUUGAUGGCUCUAUGUUUAUCCCUGCUUGGUUAAGUUUCUUGCCACUUAAAGAAGAUUUGGUUGAAGCAAAAAUUAUGCAUGAACAGCUCUGUUCAAUGGUUGCAAGAUUAGAUAGAGAUCUUUUAGGAGCUGGUAAUCAAAAUCUUGUUAAGAUUAUUGCAGUGUUACUUGAAGUAAUUGAGAAGGGUGACAAAUUGGCUACAGCACAAACAAUCAACCAGAUGAAUAAUUUGCUGAGACAGUUUGGGAAGACCAUACCUCCUAGUGCAUUUGAGAAAAUUUUAAUGUCUUUGAGUGCUCAACAACGGGAAUUAUUAUUGCCGUUUGUAUCAUCAUUCUAAUACAAAUGUAUGUAUAUACCAGUACAUUAAGUCGUGCUAUACCUCUGGUCCGAA